AUGGCGCGUUCCCCCGCAGCUACGGCGCCGAGAAGCAGCAACAGCUUCAGAAGAAGCGCCGGAAGCUGGGCGCGGAAGAGGCGGCCGGGGCCGCGGAGGACGGGGGCUGCAGCCGCGGCGGUGGCGCCGGUGACAGGGGCUCGUCCGAGGGAGACGAAGGCGCUGCGCUCCCGCCCCCGGCUGGGGCGGCGUCCGGGCCCGCCCGGAGCUGCGCGGAUCCGGAACGGAGCUGCGGCGCCGGCGGCUGGCUGUGAGGACGGCUUCCUGCAGGGCGCUUCCCCGCUGGCGUCCCCGGGAGGAUCCCCGAAGGGGUCCCCGGCGCCCCCCCUGGCACGGCCGGGGACCCCGCUGCCCUCGCCGCAGGUCCCGCGGGUGGAUCUACAGGGAGCAGAACUCUGGAAGCGCUUCCACGAGAUCGGCACGGAGAUGAUUAUCACCAAGGCGGGCAGGCGCAUGUUUCCAGCAAUGAGAGUGAAGAUCUCAGGACUAGAUCCUCACCAGCAAUAUUACAUUGCCAUGGACAUUGUGCCAGUGGACAACAAAAGAUACAGGUAUGUUUACCACAGCUCUAAGUGGAUGGUGGCGGGCAACGCUGACUCCCCCGUCCCACCACGGGUGUACAUCCAUCCAGACUCGCCUGCCUCAGGAGAGACUUGGAUGAGACAAGUGAUCAGCUUUGACAAGCUGAAGCUCACCAACAAUGAACUGGAUGACCAAGGCCAUAUUAUUCUUCAUUCUAUGCACAAAUACCAACCUCGGGUCCAUGUCAUCCGUAAAGACUGCGGGGAUGAUCUUUCUCCCAUCAAGCCUGUUCCAUCUGGGGAGGGAGUAAAGGCAUUCUCCUUUCCAGAAACUGUCUUCACGACUGUCACGGCCUAUCAGAAUCAGCAGAUUACUCGCCUGAAGAUAGAUAGGAAUCCAUUUGCCAAAGGCUUCCGAGACUCUGGGCGUAACAGAAUGGGUUUGGAAGCCCUUGUGGAGUCAUAUGCAUUCUGGAGACCUUCACUACGGACUCUCACCUUUGAAGAUAUCCCUGGAAUUCCCAAGCAAGGAAAUACGAGUUCUUCCACAUUGCUCCAAGGCUCUGGGAAUGGCGUUCCUGCCACCCACCCUCAUCUUUUGUCUGGCUCCCCUUGCUCCUCUCCUGCCUUCCACCUGGGGCCCAACACCAGCCAGCUGUGUAGCCUGGCCCCGGCUGACUACUCCGCCUGUGCCCGCUCUGGCCUCACCCUCAACCGAUACAGCACAUCGUUGGCCGAGACCUACAACAGGCUCACUAACCAGACCGGCGAGACGUUUGCCGCGCCCAGGACUCCUUCCUAUGUGGGCGUGAGCAGCAGCACCUCGGUGAACAUGUCCAUGGGCGGCACGGAUGGGGACACUUUCAGCUGCCCACAGACCAGCCUGUCCAUGCAGAUUUCGGGGAUGUCCCCCCAGCUUCAGUACAUCAUGCCUUCACCCUCCAGCAACGCCUUUACUGCUAACCAGACCCAUCAGGGUUCCUAUAACACGUUCAGGUUACACAGCCCCUGUGCCUUGUAUGGAUAUAAUUUCUCUACAUCCCCCAAACUGGCUGCCAGUCCUGAGAAAAUUGUUUCUUCCCAAGGAAGUUUCUUGGGGUCCUCACCGAGUGGGACCAUGACCGAUCGGCAGAUGUUGCCCCCUGUGGAAGGAGUGCACCUGCUUAGCAGUGGGGGUCAGCAGAGUUUCUUUGACUCUAGGACCCUAGGAAGCUUAACUCUGUCAUCAUCUCAAGUGUCUGCACAUAUGGUCUGAUGAAUCCUUGAAGUUAAACCAUACUCAAAUUGGUCUGACGUAUUUUCUUUCUGCAUUUUCUUUUUCUUUUUUUCUAAAAGCAAUAUGAAAAGAAACUAUCAGUAGCUUGUAAGAUUUACAUAUAAUAGGAAAUGAAGGCUCACUGAGUGUUUUGACUUUCUCAUGGUGAGAUUGUAAUUAUCUAUGGUAUAUAUGUAUACUGUACAUAGCACGUGGAGUUUUGCAGCUUACAAAACCUCAUCCUCCCUCUUUUUCCCCUUAUUUCAUCUAGUUGCACAGAGUAUUGGCAUAAGUACUACGUUUAACCAAAAUUCUCAGACUCUUUUAAAAACCAAACAGCAAACUUAAAACUUGGCAGUGAUACUAACCAGACCAAGACUUAUAACUUAAUUUAUCAGAAAAAUGCUCUACACAGUUUCAUACUUGAGUGUUGAUGACUAACAGUAACCAGCACACGGAGUCUUGUGAUUUCUGUUAUUCUCGGGCACAGUGUGAGAACCUAAAAUGCAGAAGCCAGUUGAGGUCUAAGUAUUAGUUCUGAGGUGCUUGUAAUCAUGAAGGAUUAGCUUUUGUGUUCUCGCUUGCUUUUGUUUGUCACAGAUAUGAGAUGAUCUUGGUUCUGUAAAAACCCAUGAUCUAUAAUAAUUAUUUACUUAAGUAAGGCAGAAGAGAGGCUUGUCCUUUCUUUUCACUUUCCAUUGGCUAUGUAAGAAGUAUUUAUUCAUCUGCAGAGAAUAAAUUUCCAGUAUUUUGGAUCUUUUGCUCAUAAUUACUUAGUUAAAAUAGACGGUUAAAGAAUGUUCUAUAAACAUUUUUAAAUUCCAGUUUUUACCGGGGAAGGAAUAUAUGAUAUGAAUGGAAUGCCAAAAAGAAAAUAAAUCCACCUCAAAUUCUUUGAUUCCAAUGAGAAAUGUCUAUCUUUUUAAAUCAAGAGGAAUAAUAUUGUCAUCUAUCCCUUAGGUUUUUAUAGUGUGGUUUUUCAUUGAGGAUAUUUUUUCCAUUUUGUUUUGAGAUUCCUGACCCGUGGUCUAUAAGUAAGGAAAAAGGCAUUUAUGCUACUUAUUUAUGUCUCGUAACUCCUACAAAUUGAAACCUCUCCCCUCCUUAACCUUGUUUCUCUGUCUGAGUCUUUCCCGAACAAAUAGAUUCUAGGCCUUUGUGGUAUUAAAUAACGCUGUAAGGAAUUUCAGGGGGUUAUCUCCAGCAAUCUGUCUUUUGAGGGUUGUGGUGCAAAGGCCAAAGCCCUUUACCAUAAAGACCCUCUUAGAGGAUGAAGGAGGAAGAUACUAAUUAUGAUAAAGGAUCUAUAAAACUUUUAACCUCAACAGCAUUUGCAGCCCUCAAAACUGGAAAAAUGAAAACAGGAUUAAUUUUUGAAAAAUCCCUAAAAUAAUGUAUACAUGGUUUAAGAUUUCAAAACAAGUAACUUUGAUAGCACAUUAGGAGAUUUCCUUUCCAAGCUAAGUGAGAUUUCCUUUCGGUGCUAAACAGAGUUGCUUUAACUCUCCCUAGUUUAUGUGGGGAAGGGGUGUAGUUCCUGAUUUCCUUCUUUACUUUAAAACAGCGUGGCUGUUAGAUAUUUAGGCAGAUAACUGUUUGAAAAGUAUUUGCACAAGAUGUGACUCUGUUUGUGGAUGUUGAUAAAUUCCCUCAUGGAUUUUGUAACAGUUCAUCAAAUCAGUAUUGAGUUUUACAUUGAAGAUUAGCAUGAAGGGACACAAAAUACUUCCAGUAGGUAGAUCUGUAGAAGGUGUUUCUGUAUGGUAUUGUUAGCUUGACAGAGAUAUGGGAAAAGUCCUCAUGAGUGCGUCCCAGCCUUAGUGCUUAGUACAAUUCAAGAACAAGAGAGUUGUCUGUCGUGAGAAAACAGGGAAAGGAAUGAUCUAAUAGUCAUAUGUAUUAACGGGGAGAGCAUUUUCCUUUUUGCUGUUGGUGAUUUUAAAACGAUACAACAAUAUGAGUAGAAUUUUUUAUUAAUUUUUUUGAUUUAGCAAUAUUGUACAAAUUGCUGUUUCCUUUAGGUUUUACAGUAAAUAUUAAUCACCAUGUCACUUCAAAGACUAGCCUUUUAUCGUUAUAUUAAAUGACA